UUUCCGAUUAACCUUUAUAACUUAGACACUUUCACUUUCCUAUCGAUUUGACUGCUGUGCAUUUUUUUUUUUUCAAAUUACUUAGAAUAGGACUGUUUGGAGCAGCAUUCUCUCGGUUAGCUAUCGUAAAAUUUGUUUAUGAACCGGUAAAGUGCCUAACCAGUGAUCGAAAAAAUGCAAAGCAUUCAAAACAUUGGGAGUACUCCCUAUGUGGAGGCACCGCGAGGACAGCAACUGCGAAGUCUUAUGUCCCGGAGCAGAAAAGGACCUCUCAGGAAGAUUUUUGCCAUCACCGGAAUAGUGCUUUCGAUAUUGUGGGAAGUUCUUCGAUUAGUUGUUUCCACACUGAUAUCGUUGGUCCGGGCACCAGUAGAGAAGGACAUCUCUGGACAGCUAGCUCUGGUAACUGGCGGUGCCAAUGGACUCGGAAAGGAAAUAUGCUUGCUAUUGGCGGGAAAACGAUGCAAUGUGGCUGUCGCUGAUUUGGACACCCUCAAUGGAGAGAAAACAGCCGAAGAACUCCGACAGUUGGGAGUGAAGAGCCAAUUUUUCAAGGUGGACAUAUCCCAGUACGAAUCGGUACAAGAGCUGAAGCAGCAAAUCGAAAGUACCCUGGGAGACGUGGACAUUGUGGUCAAUAAUGCCGGAGUUAUGCCGCUGUUUUCGGUUCGCGAGGGCACAGCGGAUCAAAUUCGAAAAACCAUGGACAUCAAUCUGCUGGCGCACUUUUGGACGACAAGAGCUUUUCUUGAUGGAAUGAUAUCCAGACGAAGAGGUCACAUCGUUGGAAUUGCAUCAGCCACGUCAUUCUUUCCGGUUGGUCGAAUUUGCGCCUACGUAUCCAGUAAAUACGGAGCCCGAGGCUUCAUGGACGCUCUCCACGAGGAGCUGUUCUACGAAGGUCUGGAAGGGCAGGUCAAUUCAACGGCGGUCUAUCCGAUGUUCAUGAACACCCGCCGGGAAGUGACGGAUGUCCUACAGAAGCUAAAUAUGCUUGGAAGGAUUCCGAUGUAUUCGGCACGAUACAGUGCGAAGCUUAUCGUCAGAGGGCUGAUUCGGAAUCAAAGACAAGUGUUCAUCCCGAAGCGGUUCGGAAUCCUGAUGCGUGAAAUGGAGGCUAUUCCACUUCCGAUAAAGAGGAUCAUCCAGAAGGUUUACUUCAAAAUGCCAGCCAUUCCUAAUUUGACCAGUUAGUAUGGCUGAAUUAUACAAUAUUGGUUUAAUUUAAUGUGAUAAUUUAGAUUAAGUUUUAAAAAUAUGUGUAAUACACAUUGUGUUAGUAGUUUACU